AUGUCGUUCUGCCUUCCACUGAGCUGCAGGAGGACUGUCUUCCCCAGGACAAUGAGCAGCAUGGAUCACCAUGACACCGCCGAUCCAUUCUCCGACUACGACCAACCUGCUGGGUCCAUGGAUGGCGACGACAUGUCCUCUCUAAAAGAGCUCACCGAUGGCUUCUCCGAUGAACGCACCCUCGGUACCGGUGCCUACGGCAAAGUUUACAUGGGUGUACAUGAAUAUGGGAAGAAGAUUGCUGUCAAGAUGUUCCACGACGACACGCCAACACAUGUUGAUGGUGGUCAUGAGCAGUUUCAGAAGGUGUUCAGCAACCUUCAGAGGCUCCGACACCAGAACAUCGUGAAGAUGCUUGGGUACUGCUAUGAAACUCAGCAAAAACACAUGGAGUACGACAUGAGAAAAUUUUUGAGUGAAAAGACACAGAGAGCGCUCUGUUCCGAGUAUAUGCACAACGGAGAGCUUGACAAGUAUCUUCUUUAUGAUAAAUACAAAGGAGAUACUUGGCAGACAUGCUACGCAAUAAUUAAGGGGAUUUGCAAGGGUUUGAAAUACCUUCACGAGGACUUGGAAUCUCCUAUUUAUCAUUUGGAUCUAAAGCCAUCCAAUGUGUUGCUGGAUGAGAAGUUUGUGCCGAAGCUUGCGGAUUACGGAUUGUCAAGGCUAUCUGGAGAUGAGCAGACACAAAUCAUGAAAUGUUCUAUGGGAACAAUUGGGUACGUGCCACCAGAAUACAUAGAUGAGAAUGUAAUCUCAAAUAAAUUCGACAUAUUCAGCUUGGGGGCUAUCAUCAUAAAGAUACUUGCAGGACCGACGAGCUACUCAAAACGUGCCGAGAUGUCCACCCAGCAAUUCGUUGAGCUUGUACAUGGAAAUUGGAGGGAUAAGCUCCAUGCUACAUCAACAUAUGCAUUGGAGGUAUAUUCUGAGCAAGUAAGGAGCUGCAUAGAAAUAGCUUUAAGUUGUGUAGAGGCUGACCAAUGCAAAAGGCCGAGCAUUGGAGAAAUCGUUGAUAAGUUAAUUCAGACGGAGACUGCGAUUAACAAAAUGACCCAAUCACCAGGAACAUCAAUGGAUCAGAUGGGCUCCUGCUUGCUGGAUGCAUCUGAAAAGAUAGGAAGAGAGUUGUUAGGUGUCCAUCCCCUCCAGCUCCGAUUCCCCUUUGAACCGAACAAGUUGAUCCCCUGCCAACUUAAUCUAACGAACAACUCGGAUGAGUAUGUCGACUUUAGGUGUGUCCCAAAAAACCCCAAGAGUUUCUUGAAUGGACUGUCGCGGCUCCAUGGAAGCAUGCUGCCAAACACCAGUUGCAUAUACGUUGUAACGAUGGAAAAGCACCAGCAACCACCUGCAAACAUGGUCACUCUUGAUGUUAUCCUAGAGAGCUGGGUAGGAUAUAGAUACACGUGUGGGUGGGGCAUGGAUGACUACUUCUCUACGGGGUCACAAGAGGAUCUGAGCGGCUGUCCGGUGCAAAAGGUAACACUGAAGGCUGUUUGUGAGCCAGCAAGCAAGAUGAUGGCAUCUGAGCCAAUCAAACCAAGAAUGAAAGUCAUGUACUGCAGGGAUGGCACUUUGUCGGAAAUACUAUCGAUGGAUGUGCAUCCAACGAAGCCUUGGAUUUUGGCAGCUCAUGGAAGUGGGCAUGUAUCCAUUUGGAACUAUGAGACACAGGAGAGAGUGAUGUCGCUGAGACCUGUAAAGGAGCCAGCACCAUGUGCUGGAGACCAUUGGAUGCUUUCUGCUAAAUUCAUCGCGCGGGAGGAAUGGUUCGUGGCCGGCGAUGGAUACGGUUACAUCCACGUGCUCUCAUCUGCGAUGAUGGAUGAGAUCACGCAGUUCAAAGCUCACACGGGCUGGGUCGAAUCGCUGGCCAUUCACCCGAGUCACCCGCUUGUGCUAUCGGCAUCCAACGACAGCUUAAUCAAGCUAUGGAACUGGGAAACUGACUGGUCAUGCAUUCAGAUAUUCGAAGCGCACUCACGCAAUGUGCAGCAAAUCAAGUUUAACCCGCUGGAUGGCAACACUUUCGCAAGUGCUUCAAAAGAUGGCACAACAAAGAUCUGGUGUUGUUCUUCUCCCAUUCCUAUCGCUACGUUGGACUGUGAUGGUGGGCUGAUAUGUGUUGAUUAUUUUUCCCCCGGUGGUGAUCGACAAUAUGUGGUUACCGGAUCCGAUAAUGGGGUUGCACAGAUUUGGGAUUUGCAGACAAAGAAAUGUAUCCAAGAACUCAAGGGACUCCAACAUAUGUCUGGCGUCAAUGUUGGUGUGAUCGACGGCAUGCAAGGGCAUCCUGUUCUAAUAACAUCUUGA